AUGGCUACACCGUUUUUUACCAAUCAGAAUACAGAUUUUAAGGAGUAUUCUCGGCUGCUGCUGCAUAAUACACCGAUCCCUUUAGAUCAGAAUCCAGAACAGCUGGCAUCUAAUCAAAAGCACCUACUCUCAAUCAAAUAUUUCCAGAAGCACAGUUCUCCACAGACCAUCAGCAAGGCGACCAGUGCAACCCGCAUGCGAACUCUCCCCAGGCAACUAAUGGUGCGCCGCAUGAUGGCUUCGGUUAUCCCGAUUAGGUCCGACUGCACAAUCGGUCAGGAUAUUCCACCGGUAGUGAAAACAGAACCGCAAAGUUCUGACCCUAGACAACACAGAUCCUCUCGUUCCGAAUUUCCGAUGGGUCAUGCAGAACCUGCGGAAGUUGGUGUUGGGCGGACUUCACUAAUCGAAAAGUUGAGUAAGUCUGGUCGUGGUCAGUCGACUGCUGCCCAGAGAGGAAACUUGAAACUAAAACAGAGCAAGCAGUCUAUCUAG